GCCUUCCCCACGCGCGCCGCCACUCGACCCGCCUCUCGCCACGACGACUAUUUGAUCCAAUUAACUAACUAUUUUUAUCCAAUUAACUAACUAUUUUUAUCCAACUAACGCGUCAUUCGACCUGCAGUUUGUGGUUUCGAGUGUGCUUUAUAAAAAUCGCAUGUUUACGCACCAGAUGACGCACCAGCCGAGCGGGGCGUGCGCGCGCAUCCUGACGCCUGAGCCCCUCAUUUGACAGGAAGUUGUCCCCCAGCGGCGUCCGCUUAACUUUGUUUUUUUCUUUUUCUUUUUGGCGGUCGGAGAGGCGGCGGACUAGAUAGACAUGGCCGAGCCGCUGCUGGCGUGAGAAGACCCCGGGGCAGGGGGGGGUGCUGGUGGCCGGGAGCAACACCCCAACUUGUGUCGACAGGUGGCCGGCGUCGUCAUGCCGAAGAGCCGGGAGAGGUUCACCCCGGACCCUUCCGUUCACAUCGCCAAGAUGAACAUGAUCAUCCCCUUCUCCCCCGACGUGCCGUGUGACAGCAACGGCCAGCGCAUGUGGUGGGCGUUCCUGGCCUCCUCCAUGGUCACCUUCUUCGGGGGCCUCUUCAUCAUCCUGCUGUGGAGGACCCUCAAGUACCUGUGGACCGUGUGCUGCCACUGCCACGCCAAGAAGAAGGAGGUCCACCGGGUCAUCACGGGCGACGGCGUCCUCAAGCGGGCGGACAAGGAUGAGGGGGCGGCCAGCGAGGUGGGCUGGAUGACGUCGGUGAAGGACUGGGCGGGGGUCAUGAUCUCGGCGCAGACGUUGACGGGGCGAGUCCUGGUGGUGCUCGUGUUCGCUCUCAGCAUCGGCGCUCUGGUCAUCUACUUCAUCGACUCGUCAGAUCCUAUCGAGUCCUGCCAGAACUUCUACAAGGACAUCACGCUGCAGAUUGACAUGGCCUUCAACGUCUUCUUCCUCUUGUACUUCGGCCUCAGAUUUAUCGCCGCCAACGACAAGCUGUGGUUUUGGCUGGAGGUCAACUCGGUGGUGGACUUCUUCACGGUUCCUCCGGUCUUUGUGUCCGUCUACCUGAACAGGAGCUGGCUAGGCUUGAGGUUUUUAAGGGCCUUAAGGUUGAUACAGUUCUCAGAAAUUUUACAGUUUUUGAAUAUUCUCAAGACAAGUAACUCCAUCAAGUUGGUCAACUUGUGUUCCAUCUUCAUCAGCACUUGGCUCACAGCCGCAGGAUUCAUCCAUCUGGUGGAAAACUCAGGGGAUCCUUGGGAAAACUUCCAGAAUUCCCAAGCGCUUUCCUACUGGGAGUGCGUCUACUUGCUGAUGGUGACCAUGUCCACCGUGGGCUACGGAGACGUUUAUGCAAAAACCACCCUGGGACGACUCUUUAUGGUCUUCUUCAUCCUUGGGGGACUGGCCAUGUUUGCGAGCUACGUGCCUGAAAUCAUAGAGUUAAUAGGCAACCGCAAGAAAUACGGUGGUUCCUAUAGUGCUGUUAAUGGGAGAAAACACAUCGUGGUGUGCGGCCACAUCACGCUGGAGAGCGUGUCCAACUUCCUCAAAGACUUCCUACACAAGGACAGGGAUGAUGUCAAUGUAGAAAUAGUUUUUCUCCAUAAUAUUUCCCCUAAUCUUGAGCUGGAAGCCUUGUUCAAGCGCCACUUCACCCAGGUGGAGUUUUACCAAGGGUCCGUCCUCAACCCGCACGACUUGGCCAGGGUGAAGAUUGAAUCCGCAGACGCAUGUCUGAUCUUGGCUAACAAAUACUGUGCUGACCCCGACGCAGAGGACGCCUCCAACAUCAUGAGGGUGAUCUCCAUCAAAAACUACCACCCAAAGAUCCGCAUCAUCACUCAGAUGCUGCAGUAUCACAACAAGGCUCACCUGUUGAACAUCCCCAGCUGGGCCUGGAAGGAGGGCGACGACGCCAUCUGCCUGGCCGAGCUCAAGCUGGGCUUCAUCGCCCAGAGCUGCCUGGCUCAGGGGCUGUCCACCAUGUUGGCCAACCUCUUCUCCAUGAGGUCCUUCAUCAAGAUCGAGGAGGACACGUGGCAGAAGUAUUACCUGGAGGGCGUGGCCAACGAGAUGUACACCGAGUACCUGUCCAGUGCCUUCGUGGGCAUGUCUUUCCCUGUUAUCUGCGAACUUUGCUACGUCAAGCUGAAGCUGCUGCUGAUAGCCAUCGAGUACAAGUCUGACCAGAGGGAGAGCAGCACGCUGAUCAACCCUGGCAACCACGUUAAAAUGCAAGAGGGGACGCUGGGCUUCUUCAUUGCUAGCGAUGCCAAAGAAGUCAAAAGGGCGUUGUUUUACUGCAAAGCCUGCCACGAUGAUGUCACAGACCCCAAACGGAUCAAAAAAUGUGGAUGCAAGAAGUCAAAAAACACCUACAAUGGCUUCAUCAAAUCAAUCGAGGAGAACCAACAGUCGGUGCUGUCGCCGAAAAAAAAGCAGCGAAACGGCGGCAUGAGGAACUCCCCCAACUCCUCGCCAAAGACAAUAAGACACGACCCUCUCCUCAUCCCCGGCGGCGAGCAGAUGGAAAGCAUGGACGAGAACGUGAAGAAGUACGACUCCACGGGGAUGUUCCACUGGUGCAUCUCCAAAGACAUCGAGAAGGUGGUCCUGACUCGGAGCGAGGCGGCCAUGACGGUGCUGAGCGGCCACGUGGUGGUGUGCAUCUUCGGCGAUGCCAAAUCGGCGCUGAUCGGCCUGCGCAACUUUGUGAUGCCGCUGAGGGCCAGCAACUUCCACUACCACGAGCUCAAGCACAUCGUCUUCGUGGGCUCGCUGGAGUACUUCAAGCGUGAGUGGGAGACGCUCCACAACUUCCCCAAAGUCUCCAUCCUGCCCGGCACGCCGCUGAGCCGAGCAGAUCUGAGGGCUGUCAACAUCAACCUCUGCGACAUGUGUGUCAUCCUGUCAGCCAAUCAGAACAAUAUCGACGACGCGUCACUGCAGGACAAAGAGUGCAUCUUGGCGUCGCUCAACAUCAAGUCCAUGCUGUUUGACGACAGCAUCGGCGUCUUGCAGGCCAACUCCCAGGGCUUCACGCCGCCAGGUAUGGACAGAUCGUCUCCGGAGAACAGUCCGGUCCACGGCCUGGUGAGGCAGACGUCAGUGAGCACGGGGGCAAACAUUCCCAUCAUAACGGAACUAGUUAACGACUCCAACGUUCAGUUCCUGGACCAAGACGAUGACGACGACCCAGACACAGAGCUGUACCUGACUCAGCCUUUUGCCUGUGGGACCGCUUUUGCCGUCAGCGUGCUGGAUUCUUUAAUGAGCGCCACGUACUUCAACGACAACAUCCUCACCUUGAUCCGCACGCUGGUGACGGGCGGCGCGACGCCCGAGCUGGAGGGGCUCCUGGCGGAGGAGAACGCGCUGCGGGGCGGCUACAGCACGCCGCAGACGCUAGCCAACAGGGACAGGUGUCGCGUGGCGCAGCUGGCCUUGUACGACGGGCCCUUUGCAGACCUCGGGGACGGUGGUUGCUACGGUGACCUCUUUUGCAAAGCCCUGAAAACCUACAACAUGCUCUGCUUCGGCAUCUACCGGCUACGUGACGCACAUCUAAACGCCCAAAGUCAAUGUACCAAACGAUACGUCAUCACCAACCCACCGUACGCCUUUGAGCUGGUGCCCUCCGACCUCAUCUUCUGCCUAAUGCAGUUUGACCACAACGCUGGCCAGUCGCGGACCAGCCUCUCGCACUUGUCUCACUCGUCGCAUUCCUCCAGCAAAAAGAGCUCAUCCGUCCACUCCCUCACCGCCAUCAAUCGCAACAACCGCACCAAGAGCAGAGAUCCCCGGGACAAGCUAAAUGAAAAGACAUGGUUUACAGAUGAGCAGGACAACACUCACCUGAGGACCAUGAAGCACAUCAAGCCUGUGAAUACGCUCGCCAACAACAAGAUCGCCGGCAGCUCGGUCCCCAUCGGGGAAGCGGACGACGAAGGCCGGCAUCUGGAAUCCUAGAGUGGGGGACAAAUACGUAGACAAUCAAACCGUUGCGGGCGGCUGGAGCUGAGCACCAAAUAAAAGUUGCCUUCCCAGCUGACUGUUGACCAACAACAUUCACACUUGUCUGUGUUUGCACACUUCUUCUGUACAGCGAUGGCCACCGUUGGUUCACGACAUUUGUGAUUAGGGCCAGUUGUUACCAAUGACACUCAGCUCCAGCCUUACUGUUUGUCGUCGACUUACCUUUGCCUUUUUUCACAACGUAAUGUCACUGGCUUUCUUCCAAAUAUGAUAGAGCUGUUUUGCUAACAACAAAAUCACCAAAAACAAAACGGUAGAAUGUUGAAGCCACGUAUCGCAUAACGUGGGCGUAAUGAAGUCCUCCUUUGGCUGGAAGCACUGCCCGAUGAUACAUACGCGUUUGUAUUAUUUCUUUGACACCCCCGUGAAAACAGCUCUAUCAUACGUUCCAUGUUACAUCCCUGUGAUCAAAGCAUAUCCGCUUUAGCGUGUGUUUGACUAAGAUGUGUCACUGGUACCACCAGAGGGCAGUGCUUCAGCCAACGGAGGACUCCAGAGAGCCCACAGCUGCGAGAAGAGGCUUCAGUUUCGAUUGAAUUAGAAAAUGUCUUAACAAUGUGAAAUGUUUCGCUCUUAACUUGUGGCCACAAAAACAAUGCUGCUAAGUUAUGUAUACUACUAAUAGGCUUGUAAAUUUAUUGUUUAUUUG